GGAAAAGUUCCUGGUGCGGAAGGUUUCAGGAAGAGAUGCAGGGAAACUUUAUGCAAUGAAGGUGCUAAAGAAAGCAACUAUUGUGCAAAAGAAGAAGACCACAGAACACACCAAGACAGAACGCCAAGUCCUGGAGGCAGUCCGUCAGAGUCCUUUCCUCGUCACCCUUCACUAUGCCUUCCAAACCGAUGCCAAGCUUCAUCUCAUUCUAGAUUAUGUAAGUGGCGGAGAACUCUUCACACACCUCUAUCAGCGGGAAAGAUUUCGCGAAGAAGAGGUUCGGCUUUACAUUGGAGAGAUCAUCCUUGCCCUUGAGCACUUGCACAAGCUGGGCAUAAUAUACCGUGAUAUCAAGUUGGAAAAUAUCCUCCUAGACUCAGAUGGGCAUAUAGUACUGACGGAUUUCGGUCUCAGCAAAGACUUCCUUCCCCAUGACACAGAGCACAGAGCCUACUCUUUCUGUGGUACGAUUGAGUACAUGGCACCUGAGGUGGUGCGUGGGGGCUCACAUGGCCAUGAUCAGGCGGUAGACUGGUGGAGUGUUGGUGUAUUAACGUAUGAAUUGUUAACGGGAGCUUCACCAUUUACUGUGGAAGGAGAGAAAAAUAACCAGCAGGAGAUUUCAAGACGAAUCUUGAAGACCCAGCCCCCACUACCAAGUGAACUGUCGUCUGAGGUUCGUGAUUUUAUCUCCCGGCUUCUUGUGAAAGACCCUCGUCAACGGCUAGGAGGCGGUCCAAGGGAUGCUGAAGAGCUGAAGGAACAUAAAUUCUUCAAGACUAUAAACUGGGAUGACCUGGCCAAGAAAAAAGUCCCAGCUCCCUUUGUUCCUCGUAUCAGCAAUGAACUUGAUGUCAGCAAUUUCUCAGAGGAGUUUACAGCUAUGGUUCCUCAAGAUUCCCCUGCCAUAGUUCCCCCAGAUGUGGAUAAAAUGUUCAAUGGCUACUCAUAUGUAGCACCUUCAGUCAUCUUUACUGAAAAUGUUGUUAGUGAUUCUCUCUUCAAGAUGUCUCCAGACAGAAGACCAGACACAAAUAAUCUAAUGGCUUGUAGCUUCAAGGAUUCUGCAUUUUUCCAGCAUUAUGAAUUAGAUCUACGAGAAGGCAUACUAGGUGAUGGCAGUUAUAGUGUGUGUCGUAGAUGUAUCCAAAAAUCUACAGGCCGUGCCUUUGCUGUGAAAAUUGUGUCGCGCAGGUUAGACUGUCAACAGGAAAUUAAUUUACUACGUGCUUGUCAAGGACAUUCCAAUAUAGUUACCUUCCAUGAAGUUUUUUAUGAUGAAGCGCACACAUACAUUGUUAUGGAACUUCUUGAGGGAGGUGAACUUCUUCAGAGGAUCAGAAAACACGAAAGAUUCACAGAAGCACAAGCGUCAGUCAUCAUGCAGAGUCUAGUGUCUGCUGUCCAUUAUAUGCAUACAAAAGGUGUUGUACAUAGAGACCUGAAGCCAGAGAAUCUCCUUUUCAAAAGUUCCUCGGAAGACUCAGAAAUCAAGGUUGUGGACUUUGGCUUUGCCCGCAUGAAGCCAGAAAAAGAUGGAUGUAUGAAGACCCCAUGUUUCACUCUUCACUAUGCGGCUCCUGAAGUUUUGCGACAGGCAGUUCAGCAGGGUGCUGCGGGUUAUGAUGAAACUUGUGAUUGGUGGAGUUUAGGUGUUAUUUUGUAUACCAUGUUGUCUGGUAGAGCCCCAUUUCAGUCAAGAAGUAAAGACGACACCUCAGCAUCUAUUAUUGCUCGCAUAAAAGGUGGAAGUUUUGACAUGUCUGGACCAGAGUGGCUAACUGUGUCAACUCAGGCAAAGAAACUUAUUAAAGGAUUGUUGACGGUAGAUGCCUCAAAACGUCUGACCAUCAAUGAAUUGUUGCAAGACGAGUGGUUGCAAGGUGGCCCGCCUUCUGUGUUCUCGGCCACGCCACUCAUGACCCCUACCAUUCUCAGUGCAAGGCCGACCCUCAAAGGACCUGUGUCAGCGGAGGCAGGGGUCAAACAAACCUUUCAUGCAUUCCAUAUGGCCACCAGAGAAGGCUUCCGUUUGUUAGAUGUCAGCAAUGCACGAUUGGCCCAGCGCCGGAAAAACAAAAAGUCAUCCACUGACGCCCGGAGCCAUUCUUCUACCUCAUCCCUCUCCUCUACCUCAUCAGCGUCUUCCCUCACUUCUACUCGUACACCUAGUAAAUCAGACCGUUGUAGUUCCUCACUAGGUGCGACUCCAAAGAAGGAGGAGAGCAUAUUUGACUUUGGGGAAGCAAGAGUCAAGGCAUAUUUGUCAAGCAUAGAGUCACCAUCGGAACCUACCUUCCCUGCCACACCCAGCAUAGCUCUUACGUUGCCAAGCCCACGGUUAAAAGGCAGUUCAAAAGGUAGUUCCCUUGGUUCGUUUGACUUAUCAAGAGGAGACAAAUCAAGUGAACCACAGUCAAAAUCAGAAACUUCCAUAGGUCCGUCUCCAGAAGUCUGCUCCCCUAACAGUAUGGUGUCUUAUAGGAAGGAAGAACAGUGCCUUGCAUCUCAAAAACAGUGUGAAGUCAGUGAGACCCGGAGAGAAGAUGUCUCAAGGACCAAAUGUCCUGGAAAUACACUCAAGCCCUCCCUGUGCCUAGGUGGCGAGUUCUCUGGCCCACAGACUCGAUCACGGAAAAGAAAGCUAGAAAAAAUCUGUGAUGCUGAAGUGACUGUAGUUAAACACGUGUUCAAAGGUAGAAACACUCGUAGUAAGAGAUUUGAUACUAUAGUAAUAGAUGAUUGAUGAGUGAGAGAGUUUUAAGGCAUUACAAGACACUUUCCAGAUUUUCAGUGAGUAUUUUAUCUCCUAUAGCUUAAAGCUCAGAGAUUGCUUUAUUAUAUAACUAAAUGUAAAUUAUAUAUCUGAUCUGAUGUGUACAUACAGAUUACAAUAAUAUUAUAACAUUUAUGCUCUGAAGUCUGUGUUAUGUAGGAGUUUACAUGUGCAAUCAGAAAAAAUCCAUAAAUAAAAUGCACUUCACAA